CGGUGAAUGAAGAAUGUGGCGAAACCACAAAAGCGAAUAAAGAAAUUCAACAUAUAAUUACAAAUGUCUGGCUUUCCCUUGGGUUAAAAUGUCUACAAAAUACUUUCUUUUUUUUUAGCCAAUGUGGCUAGAAUAAAAAUGUUCAGACUAAGACUAAAACACACACACACACACACACCGGACUGACGGAGAGGUCAGGUGACUAAAAGUUCUCUCUUAUAAGUAAAGUUUGACAGUUGGACUCUCACAGACGGUGCUAGAGGAUCUGAAAAGAGUACCACCAAGCAGUGAGGACGGUCCUAGCGGGCUCUCUCUCUUUCUGUCUUUGCUCUUUGUUUCUGCGGCUAAAACGUCCUGAUAAUGGGAGAUUGGAGUGCUCUGGGUCGUCUACUAGACAAAGUCCAGGCCUACUCUACUGCUGGAGGAAAGGUGUGGUUGUCGGUCCUCUUUAUCUUCAGAAUCCUAGUCCUUGGUACAGCGGUGGAAUCUGCUUGGGGAGAUGAACAGUCCGCCUUCAAGUGCAACACGCUGCAACCUGGUUGUGAAAAUGUCUGUUAUGACAAAUCCUUCCCCAUCUCCCACGUUCGCCUUUGGGUCCUCCAAAUCAUCUUCGUGUCCACGCCGACGCUACUGUAUCUAGCUCACGUCUUCUACCUGAACAGAAAGGAACAGAAGCUCAACCGAAAGGAGGAGGUGUUGAAAGCCGUGCAAAACGAUGGCGGUGACGUGGACGCCCCGCUGAAUAAAAUUCAGCUAAAAAAGCACAAGUACGGUAUUGAAGAGCACGGUAAAGUCAAGAUGAAGGGGGCCUUGCUCAGAACCUAUAUUGUCAGCAUCUUCUUUAAGUCCAUGUUUGAGGUGGGCUUCCUGCUUAUCCAAUGGUACAUGUAUGGUUUCAGCCUUAGCGCCGUCUACACGUGCGAGCGAUCCCCGUGCCCACAGAAGGUUGAGUGUUUCCUUUCAAGGCCGACAGAGAAGACCGUGUUCAUCAUCUUUAUGUUGGUUGUAUCACUGGUGUCCCUGCUGCUUAACAUCAUAGAACUUUUCUACGUGUUUUUUAAGAGGAUAAAGGAUCGGGUGAAAGGCCAACAGCAGUCCAACCUCUACCCCAGUGGAGGAACAUUGAGCCCUACCCCGAAAGAAAUGUCCACAACUAAGUACGCCUACUACAACGGCUCAUCCCCGACUGCGCCGCUUUCCCCCUUGUCCCCUCCAGGCUACAAGCUGGCCACGGGGGAGCGGGUAACUGGUUCGUGUCGCAAUUAUAACAAGCAGGCUCACGAACAAAACUGGGCGAACUACUCCACAGAGCAGAACCGGCUCAGUCAGACUGGGAUAGGAAGCACUAUUUCAAAUUCUCACGCACAAGCUUUCGACUUCCCCGACGACACCCAAGAGCCCAAGAAACUGUCCUUAUCAGGGGCGCAUGAGCUUCAACCACUGGCAUUGAUGGAGGCCAGGCCGUGCAGUCGAACCAGCAGCCGUAUGAGUAGCCGAGCCAGGCCAGACGAUCUCGACGUGUAGGUUCUUAGACCUCGCACCGCUGGAGAAGCAGGAAACGUUCCACCACACUGUGCUAUAUUAGAGGUGGCGCUAACCAGAAUUACUGUCUUCGUGAUAGAGACUGUCGAUAACAAACCCUUUACACAACGUCUUUAGCUUGGCUAACCCAGAAAUAUAAUAUAUGCAACACAAAGUACUUGGUCAUGGAUUGGUGUAUCCUUGGUUGUACAAAUGAGGCUAAUUUAGUGCAAGCAGAAUUUUUCUGCAUCUGGAGAAAAAUGCGUAAAAAAAUGUUCUCUCACUUUACAAAUCCGACAUGUGUUGGGUCCGAUUUCAACAAGGUGGCUCGUAACGUGAACGUGGCCAUUUUGAACAGCAGUUGUUCAUCAAGGUUCAGUAGAAAACUUUUCAUGCUAACGUUUAGUUUGUUUUAAUCGUACAUAUCAGAGAAAUGCAUCAAAGCUGAAUGGGAACCAUGCAUUGUUUUACCUAAGAGUAACGUGGCCAAAAUAGCCAAAUUUGCUAUGUGACGUCCAAGUUUUCAAAACCGUCUGCUUCCAACUUGUCUGUCCUGAUAGCACAUAUUCAAUUUGAUUUUCUCUGAAGUGUAUGAUUUUAGCUUUCAGUUGUUACUGCCCCCUUAAAAUUCUGGCUCACUGGAAUUUUUUUUAAACGUAAACCUGUGUGUUCUGAAUUUACAUGCUAACCGAAUUAAGUUAACGUAAACCACAUUUUAGUCUGUUGCUUAAGAAGAUUGCUGUCACUCGUUUCUCACGUGACAUGAAGGGAGAAUGUGUUUUAAACAGUCGUGCUGAACGUUUACUGUCGGCCCUGUGUCAAACGCCUACUGUACCACUUGGACAAAGAAAGAAAAAAAAACUACAUCACAAUUAGCCCAAAAUUAUAUGAUUUUUUAAAAGUUUAUUUUCUUGCAUAAUUGUCCUGAUAAACUUUGAAUUUUAUGUAAUGUCAUGUGUAGAUUUUUGCUUUUAUGUCUGUUUUCAGUAUGUGAGUAGCUAAAAGGACUAGGCUUCAACACAGUAGAAUGGCUUAGUUGUUGACAUUUAUUCUACAUGUUAUUAUCCCUUGUCCUUUUUUGGGGGUGCAGUAGGGGGCGGUGUGUCUGCAAAGUGAGCUAAAAAAGUGGGAUGUAAAGGAUUGUCCCAAAUCCGGGAGAAAAAAGAGGAAUGAGGAAAGAAAAGAAUUGCAGUACCACAUUCAGACUGCAGGAGAAGACUCCAUAAGUAGCUACAUUUUUUGGGGGCGCGGAUCACUAACGGCUUACAGGCUUGUCUUAAAGAAGUCGUAUAUAUAUUGUUACCUUUUUUUAAAAAAAAAAUAUUUAAUUUGUGAUCAUCUUUAGAAUAUCUUGAGCACCAUAGAACCUAUUACUUGAUUUAAAAAAAACAUAAAUAUAAACACAAAUGUUGUUACAUCCUGACACUUGAAGCUUUACAAAUAGACAAGGUUACAGCGACUAGAGGCCUGUGAGUUCCUGAGCCUAAUUCAGACAAUUUCUCAAUCAUUCGUGUGGUAACAAUUUAUAUUCCCGAUUUUACUGGAUACCCACAAUUCAUCUCAUCAUUCAGAAAAAAAAAAACGAUUACAUGUGAAUUCAGGGCAAAUGUAGGCUUUUUCAUUCAGCUUAAACUCCUUGUGCUGUUGUCAACAAUAUCAGUUAGCAGCACUCUAUGAGGUCUUUUGCACUUACUGAUGGUCCUUGUGUACAUAGUUUGCACAUUCUCUGUGUGCCCAUGUGCUUUUAUGGGGUACUGUGUUAAAACAUUAGGUUAUAUUGGAUGUUUUAAAUCAGUGGUUCUCAAUUAUUUUCUGUCAUGCCCGCUCUCGGGGACAGAAAUGUUUUCGCCCCUCUCUCCCCCUUCCUUGAAGUACUAUUGAGAACCAGAUAAUAUGUAUUUUCUUAUCUGUACAAACCACUUUAUGAGUUGCUGCCACCUAGUGACCAGAGGCAUCUCACGCCCAACCCCCCUCCCAGCAACUCACUGAGGCCUACCCCACCAUUUGUGAAGUACUGCUCUAAAUUGAUCGUAUUAGUAUAAGAUCGUAAGCAAGAUUUUUGCUAUCCCUACAUGUUAUCUCCGUCACCCUGAAAGUUUGGAAAAAGAAAAUAAAUGUUCGAAAAGAAUGUUUAUUUAAAAUCUUAGAAUGACUGAAUUGCGGUGUUUUUUUUUUUUUUUUAUGUAGGCAAAAGUUUUUAAUUUUAGUCUUAGCGUAUGUUGUAAUUAAGAAGUACUACGUGUAGAGCUUGUACCGUACAUGUCGUAAGCUUUGACAAAACUGCUACUAGAACUGGACUAAUAUUUAGUCAGUCUCACGAAAACUGUUGUGCCGUUGUAUUUCCACAUCCACAACCCUUCCGAUCACUCCCUACCUAAGCAUUUUUGUUGGUACUUAAGUAGAUGCAGGUCGUGGCAAUAGCAUUUCUACUGAGCUCUUGGGGGACGGAGAUGCGUUUUGAUGCACAGCGAGUGUAUGAAGUGUUUCCUAAUACUUAUGUCACUAAUUUAUUUUCAUAACAAAUAACAGUGCAAAAAAAAGGUCUAGGUUCUGUGAGGGCAAUUGUCGUGCGUUCAGUCCCUAUGCAUUUUGGUGCCCGCUAGCAAAACUCGAGCUCAUGUGUUGUAUCUGUGAAAUAAUAUUUUAACCAAUAAACAUUUUACUUUUAAACCCUAA